UCUCGCUCUCUCUCCGUGCGUGUCGCUCGCCAUGUGUGCCGACUGGCGUCCGUCAGCGGGUAGGCAGCAGAGGCAAAGAGGAGGGGAGGAAAAGUGUGUUUACACAGACGGCAGAACGCCUGGGGAAUCGUCGGCGAGAGGAAGUGAGCCGCCGCCGGCUCUGCGUCUGCCUGCUCCGACUUCCUGCUCGGAGAAAGAAAAAGCGCAGGAUCCGAUUUCAGGCCGAGCACAAGUCGCCAAGCGAGCGAGCGAUCAUGGAAAAACAAGCCACCUCUCCGGCGGCGUCGCGCUAAAGUUCCUCGGCGGGGAAGAAAAGCCACGGAAGUGAUCGCAGCCAUGGACAGCGCCAUCACCCUGUGGCAGUUCCUGCUGCAGCUGCUGCUGGACCAGAGCCACAAGCACCUGAUCUGCUGGACGUCGGCCGACGGCGAGUUCAAGCUGCUCAAGUCCGAGGAGGUGGCCAAGCUGUGGGGGCUGCGCAAGAACAAGACCAACAUGAACUACGACAAACUCAGCCGGGCCCUGCGCUACUACUACGACAAGAACAUCAUCAAGAAGGUGAUCGGCCAGAAGUUUGUCUACAAGUUCGUCUCCUUCCCCGAGAUCCUCAAGAUGGACCCGCAGAUGGUGGAGAUGGGCCUGGCCUGCGGAAGGUUUCCCCCGCGGGACGGCGAGCCCGCCGAGGCCGACGUAGAUGAGGCGGCUGGGGACGGGGGCGCGGAAGAGGCGGAGCGGCGCGGGCGGAGGGCGCGGGCGGGCGCCCCGGGGGCGCAGCAGAGCCGCAACGACUACCUGCGCUCGGGCCUCUACUCGUCCUUCAGCGUGGCCUCGCUCCGCCAGCGGCCGCAGCUGCUGCGGGCGCUUCGCCACCAGCCGCGCUCCGUCAUCCGCUUCGGCGCCGACGACGCCGAGGCCUACCCCGGCGACCGGGACGACGAAGACGAGGACGACGACGAGGGGGGGCGGGAGGAGGACGAGGAGGACUCGUGGGAGCACGGCGCCCAGCCCCUCAACCUCUCGUCGGGGCGCAGGGAGCGAGACCCGCGGCCGCCCGCGGAGAAGAGGGGCGGCGGAAGCUCCGCCUCCUCGGCGUCCUCGUCCCCGACUCGUGGCGGAGGAGACGGGCUCCCCGCCAAGAGCAAAAGGCCCAAAGCUCUGGACAUCACGCCCCCCUCCCUGCUGCUGGCGGGCAGCGACAUCGGCUCCAUCGCCCUCAACAGUCCGGCGCUGCCGUCCGGAUCGCUCACGCCCGCCUUCUUUACGGCGCAGACUCCCUCCGGUCUGCUGCUGACUCACAGUCCGCUGUUGUCCGGCAUCCACUUCUGGAGCAGCCUGAGCCCCGUGGCCCCGCUCAGCCCCGCCCGCCUGCAGGGCCACGGCUCCUUGUUUCAGUUCCCCAGCCUCAUCAACGGACACAUGCCUCUCCCUCUGCCAAGCCUGGAAGGAACGCCCUCCCCUUCCUCUUCCACGUCCCCGAGUACCCACAAAUGCUGAUCACCCCUCGCCCCCCCCCCAAUCCCCAAACAGUGAGAUGUCUUCAUUCUGGUCAACUUGCUGUUGGGACUGUUUUGUGACCUCGUUUGUGUUUCAUCUUUUUUUUUUUUUUGUUGCACUUGGUUGCUUGAGGUUGCAGUGGUGAAAG